AGUGGCGCGAAAACCCUGCAGUGUGUGGUUUGACGGCAGCGGAGCACGCACCGUGCGGAACUCUGUGCAAUAUUGUAAGAUUUUAAAGUAGAAUAAAUAAUCGCUCGCAAUGGCAACCGACGUCGUAGAUGACCAGGAGAUGAGAGAGGCUCAGAGGGAUUACCUGGACUUUCUGGACGACGAUCAAGACCAGGGGGUUUACCAAAGCAAAGUCCGGGACAUGAUCAGCGAGAACAAAGCUCGACUCCUCGUCAACAUCAACGACCUGAGGAGACGCAACGAGGCCCGGGCUGCGAAGCUGAUGAGCAAUGCCUUUGAGGAGCUGCUGGCUUUCCAGCGUGCUCUGAAGGACUUGGUGGCCUCAGUGGACGCCACCUACGCCAAGCAGUACGAUGAGUUCUACAUCGGCCUGGAGGGCAGCUUCGGCUCCAGGCACGUCACCCCCCGAACCCUGACCUCCCGCCUGCUGGGCAACAUGGUGUGCGUGGAGGGCAUCAUCACAAAGUGUUCUCUGGUGCGCCCUAAAGUAGUGCGCAGCGUCCACUACUGCCCGGCCACCAAGAAGACUAUGGAAAGAAAGUACACUGACAUGACCUCGCUGGACGCCUUCCCUUCCAGUGCUAUCUACCCCACCAAGGAUGAAGAGAACAACCCUCUGGAGACAGAGUUUGGUCUUUCCAUCUACAAGGACCACCAGACCAUCACGGUGCAGGAGAUGCCAGAGAAGGCCCCUGCUGGCCAGCUGCCUCGCUCUGUGGACAUCAUCCUGGACAACGACCUGGUGGACAUGGUCAAACCAGGAGACCGAGUGCAGGUUAUCGGGACGUACCGCUGCCUGCCGGGCAAGAAGGGGGGAUUCACCUCUGGCACGUUCAGGACCAUCAUGAUAGCCUGCCACGUCAAGCAGAUGAGCAAGGAAGUGUCCCCCUACUUCUCAGCGGACGACGUAGCCAAAAUCAGGAACUUCAGCCGGACUCGCUCCACAGAUGUGUUUGAUCAGCUGGCUCGCUCCCUGGCUCCCAGUAUCCACGGUCACGAGUACAUAAAGAAGGCUAUCCUGUGCAUGCUGCUGGGCGGUGUGGAGAAGGUGCUGGAAAAUGGAUCUCGCAUCAGAGGAGACAUCAACAUCCUGCUAAUCGGUGAUCCAUCAGUCGCCAAGUCCCAGCUGCUGCGUUAUGUGCUGCACACAGCACCCAGGGCCAUCCCCACCACUGGACGAGGCUCCUCCGGAGUGGGUCUGACUGCUGCAGUCACCACUGACCAGGAGACUGGCGAGCGUCGCCUGGAGGCGGGUGCCAUGGUGCUGGCUGACCGCGGUGUGGUGUGCAUUGACGAGUUCGACAAAAUGUCCGACAUGGACCGCACGGCCAUCCAUGAGGUGAUGGAGCAGGGCCGCGUCACCAUCGCCAAGGCUGGCAUCCACGCCCGCCUCAAUGCCCGCUGCUCUGUGCUGGCGGCUGCCAACCCCGUCUACGGCAGGUACGACCAGUAUAAAACUCCCAUGGAGAACAUCGGCCUCCAGGACUCCCUGCUGUCACGUUUUGACCUCCUGUUCAUCGUGCUGGAUCAGAUGGACCCCGAGCAGGACCGCGAGAUCUCUGAUCACGUGCUGAGGAUGCACCGCUACCGCAACCCCCGUGAGCAGGAGGGAGAAGCCAUGGCUCUGGGUGGGACAGUAGACGUCCUGGCUACUGAAGACCCAAACGCAGUAGCAGAAGAGCAAGAGGAGCUGCAGAUCUACGAGAAACACAACAACCUGCUGCAUGGAAGCAAGAGGAAGAAGGAUAAGAUUGUGAGUAAGGAGUUCAUGAGGAAGUACAUCCACAUCGCCAAGGCUGUGACACCUGUGCUGACAGAAGAGGCAGCCAAUCACAUCGCAGAAGAGUACUCGAGGCUGAGGAGCCAGGAGCAGAUGGGUGCUGAUAUCGCCAGGACCUCUCCAGUGACGGCCCGUGCGCUGGAAACUCUGAUCCGUCUGUCCACAGCACACGCCAAGGCCCGAAUGAGCAAAGCCGUGGAGCUGGAGGACUCAGAGGUGGCUGUGGAGCUCGUCCAGUUUGCCUACUUCAAAAAGGUCCUGGAGAAAGAGAAGAAGCGUUCAAGAAAGGACCGGGACUCUGGUUCAGAGGAGGAAGAUGAUGAGGAGGCCUCCACUCAGAAGUCACAGAGAACUGCAAGGAAGAGGGGGCGGCGUGGUUCUCAGGGCAGUGAGCCCUACAGCCCGUAUGACUUCAGUGAAGAGCAGGAUGUCCCUGAGAUUCAGGCUGGCACUCCGAAACCAACCAAGCCAUCGCAGGAGGAGGAGCCCAUGGAGGCCACGACACAGGCUGGAGACACUGAGCUCUCAGCAGAGAGGCUGAAGGAGUUCAAGUCGUCCCUGUUCGCAGUGUUCCAGUCUGCUCACGCUCAGUCAGUGAAGAUGAAGACCUUGAUGGACGACAUCAACAAGGAGCGUCAGAAUCGGUUCUCUGAGCCAGAGGUUCGAUCAGCUUUGGCUCGCAUGCAGGACAACAACCAGGUCAUGGUGGCCGAUGACAUCAUCUUCCUCAUCUGAGGGAGGGACAAGAUGACGGUCUUCUGAAAUGUAUUACAUGGACUCUGAAACUCAUUUUGUCAAUAUGCAGCCUAAUGUUGCAUACUCAAUCAAACCAGUCAGACCCUGACCUAUAAGCGGCGCUUCCACACAUAUAGCACCGAUAAUUAUUCCAAACAGUUUAUUCUUGUGAUGGAUUUGGAUCCACAAUGUUGCAGAUUGUUCCAUCAACUUGAAUAUUUGAAGCAGGACCAUUGCAAAAGCCUUAAUCCACUAUGGACUUGUUUCUGUUCGGUAGAGGUACUUUAUAAUGUCUUUAUUACCAUGUAGCAACAGACUGCUGGUGUAACUGUAGAACAUGUCAGUUUAUUUAAAGACCGCAGAAGGGUGCUGCAGCCCUGUGCAAGUUUCAUUUAGCAAUGUAAUGUGCAUUACUGCACCAUAAUAUGGACAUUAUUCAGUUGUUUUACCGACAUUACUGUGGUAUGGAUUUGUAUAUAGUUGAAAAGUUUUGAAAUUAAUUGUAGUUGUGUAUUCAAAAAAUAAAAUACCCAUGCUUGGAAAAUGA